GCCACCGCCACCGCCCACCGUCCAAAUCGUCGGAGAAGAUAAUCCCCGCGACCUCCUUAGGGAUGUACGCCGACAUCCAGAAGGGCUGCCGCCCCGUCGACGCCGCCCCCAUGGCGAAUCUCACGGAGGUCUGGCCGAGAUACUUCCCCGAGGAAACCGUGUUCCCGGCGGACGACCCCAGGGCCAGGCUCAUCAGCGACCUGGUUAAGGUCCUGGAGCUGGAGGAGAGCGCGAAGCUCCUCCCACGUGUUGAAGAUGAUGGCGUUGUCUUCUUCCUUCCGAUUGAUUUCCAGCAGCUGAAGAACCUGUGCGGUGGUACCAAGCUCUUAGAUACCCUCAGGGAAAAUCCUAAAGAAGCCUUACUUUGCAUGGGAGCUGCAGUUCAUCUGGCUAAGUGCCCGGGCAUGGGCCUCCUGUUGAACGACGUAGAUAAGGUCAAUAUCAGGCUUUACAAUCACACUGAAACAAUCAUUGCUUUGAAGAAUUUGAAAGCGGCCUGUAUUAGGAAACUAGUGACAGUGCGUGGUACUGUUGUAAAAGUCAGUACUGUGAAACCUCUAGUACUGGCGCUGGAUUUUCAUUGCAUGAAGUGUGCUACACUCAUCCGUCGUGUGUUCUCUGAUGGGAAAUUUUCACCUCCAGUAUCCUGCAUAAUUCAGGGUUGCAAGGGCAGAACAUUCACCCCAGUGAGAUCUACUGCCAAGUUGAUGGAUUUUCAGAAAAUAAGGAUACAAGAGCUUUCUAGUGCUGAAAACCGUGAAGAAGGCCGAGUGCCACGAACUAUAGAAUGUGAGCUUACAGAAGAUCUUGUAGAUUGUUGCAUCCCUGGAGAGGUUAUAACCGUAGCUGGAAUCGUCAAAGUGCUGAACAACUAUAUGGAUGUUGGAGGAGGUAAAUCCAAAAGCAGAAAUCAGGGUUUAUACUACUUGUACUUGGAAGCAAUCUCAGUAAGGAACUCCAAGUCCCAUAUUGUUUCAGAAAAUUCAGAUGCAAGUUGUACUGAUAUUCUGGCUACUGGAUCCUUCAGUUUUGAAACUUUUACUGAUAAGGAUCUUAAAUUCAUCACCGAAUAUAAUAAUGAGCAUGGUGCUGAUGUAUUUCGUCAAAUACUUCACUCCUUUUGCCCCUCCAUCUAUGGGCACGAACUUGUAAAAGCCGGUAUCACUCUUGCGCUUUUUGGUGCUGUGCAGAAGCAUUCAAUGGAUCAGAACAAAGUCCCAAUUAGAGGAGACAUCCAUGUUAUUAUUGUUGGCGAUCCAGGACUAGGCAAGAGUCAGUUACUAAAAGCUGCAGCAUCUGUUUCCCCACGAGGAAUUUAUGUAUGCGGGAAUACAACCACAAAUGCUGGUCUAACAGUUGCUGUGGUUAAAGAUUCAAUGACAAGUGAUUAUGCAUUUGAGGCUGGGGCCAUGGUUCUUGCUGACCGUGGGCUAUGCUGCAUUGAUGAGUUUGACAAAAUGUCAGCAGAGUAUCAGUCCUUACUGGAAGCCAUGGAGCAGCAGUGUGUAUCUGUGGCAAAGGCUGGCCUUGUGGCGAGUUUAUCUGCCCGCACCUCUGUGCUGGCAGCUGCUAAUCCUGUUGGUGGUCAUUACGACCGAGGGAAAACAGUGAAUGAGAAUUUAAAGAUGAAUGCUGCCCUGCUCUCUCGGUUUGACUUGGUUUUCAUUUUACUUGACCAGCCAGACUUUUGUCUAGAUAAGAGACUAUCAGACCAUAUAAUGGCACUCCAUACAAAUGAAGGAGGUCCUUGCUCAUCCAACAAGAGGCUAAGAACAGUGCCUCAAUUUAAUGGCAGUAUGGGGAUCGUAAUUGAUGAGAAAAAAUUAGCUUCAAGGCUGAGACUGCACCCAGAGAAAGAUAGGGACUUUGUUCCGUUACCUGAACCACUUCUUCGCAAGUAUAUAUCUUACGCGAGAAGCUAUGUAACCCCCCGCAUGUCAAAACCAGCAGCUGUAGUACUACAGGACUUUUACUUGCGUUUGAGGGCCCACAGUACCUCUUCUGAUGGCACACCCAUCACAGCCAGACAAUUGGAAAGCCUUGUAAGGUUAGCAGAAGCUCGCGCUCGGGUGGAUCUAAGAGAAGAAGUGACUAAACAAGAUGCCGAUGAUGUUGUUGAGAUCAUGAAAGAAUCCUUGUAUGACAAAUUUGUUGAUGAGCAUGGUUGUGUGGACUUAGCUCGUAGUGGUGGGAUGAGCCAACAAAAGGAGGCAAAGAGACUUAUGAGUGCCUUAAACAAGCAAUCUGAGUUGCAGCGAAAAGAUCUAUUUUCAAGAGCCGAGAUACGGAGCUUAGCAGAUAAAAUCAGCUUGCUAGUUCCAGAUUUAGAUGAUAUUAUGGAAAGACUGAACAGCGCUGGUUUUAUUGUACAUAAAGGACAAAACAUAUACCAGGUAAGGACCUCAUCAUAUUCACGGACCCAGCCAACAAGGUCAAGAUGAUGCAUGAAGGGGGGAAUGCGUUCUGCAGCUCGUAUGGAUCGUUAUGUACAGUUAGUCAUGUGAUGUGAUGGCCUCAAAUUUUAAUGUUUGGAUAGCUCCGUUAGCUCUGUUUAUCUUAGUAGGUUUAGUGACACAAAAGCAAUAUCCUUUGGGCUUGGAGCUCCAGCAUGUUAACCAAACAUCACGCUUUGCUUAUGAAAUUGUCUACUUCUUGGACAUUGAGGAUAAUGGUCGUAGAUUCUGUAUCUGACAGACACCAAUUGCUUAUAUGAUGGUUGAAUUAAGAAA